AUGCAGAUGGCGAAGAGGAACUAUCUCGGGGGGUUAGAAUGGGCGAAAGCAGAGGAGCAGCUUUUCGAGAUCCUAUUCCUGAGACAGGAUAUACCUCUAUUGCCGCUGCACUGGGAAGUUGAUUUUCGCGGUGUGCCCAUCUCAGGAGACUGCUUUUGUUGCAAGAAAGGAGAGAACCCGAUCAUCUAUGCGCACACGAGCACUUUUCUAGCCACCACGGCAUUAACGAGAUUAAUCGACUUGACUGCUUGUGUCCGGACAGCCUGUCAGUCCGGACUACGACGAAAGACAGCCCAAAUGAUUAAAAAGGCCUUGGAUAAGUUCAUAAGAUGGGCUGCCGAGGACGGAGGAUAUAACCAUUUGCAGUACACCCCUAAUAUCAUUGUCGAGGUCAUGGACAGGGAUGCCGAAGAAUCUGACCUCACGGGCUUCAUAGAGGCACGAAUGAAGGCUCUGGCAAGAUUGCACCGCAAAAUCCUCGCCGUUAACCAAGACGUUGCCGAAGAUAUGGAUAUAGACAAGGAAGUCGAAAUGCAAAUAAAAAAAUCUCACGGGGAAACAAAAGUGAUUGACAGCGACGACGAUGAGCAGAAGACUGUCGAGAAGGGCAAGCAGACAGUAGACCUUGUCAGCGUGAAGAUGGAAGAAGACGAGAAGCCCAUCGUCAAAACGGAAUGCUUUGAGGAGGACGACAUUUCAAUGAAAGAUAUUCCUCAUGCUCAAACAGUAUUCUCACCAUCGCCCCUGUUGCCCUCACCGCUACCAUUCCGACGCCCCCCUCCUGUUAUUUACGGCUUCUUCAUCGUCUCCUCGACAGUCUUCUUAUUUACUGCAGACUCUUCCAAAGAUGAGCCCUCUAUGAAUCUAAGUCUUCUCCUCGACAUGAACUUCCAGGACCAGGGCCAGAGUGUGUGGAAUGCCCUGACUGUGGCGAUUGUGGCAUGUCUCGCAAGAGACGAUAUGAUGACCAGGAUGGAGGAUUUUGAAGAGGAGAGAGUAGUUGAAGAGAGUGAUGUGGAUGCUUGA